CCGGAAGGAGCGGGCGCUCCCGUCAUGCCGUGCGCGGGAGAGAUGUCGCUCGCCAUGUUGGGAGCAGGGAUGAGGGUGCGGCGGCCCUAAGCGACUUGUCGGCGCGGCCGCCCCCCGCCAUCCGCCGGCAUCGCGGGCUUCACAAGCCGCGCCCGGCGGGAAAUGAGUAUCCCGUGCGUGCUGGCGAUGAACGAGACGACCUGGCAAGAGAGUCAGGCGGCGGUGGGGCCGGUGAUAGUGGCCGCUCAGGGCGCCGUGGCCGGCCGGCCUCCCAGCCCGGCCCCCGUGCAGGCGCAAGCGGCGGCCGCGGCUGCUGCUGCUGCUGCGGCUGCGGUGCAAGCCCAGGCACAGGCUCAAGCGGCAGCCUUCGCCGGGCGCUCCCAAGACGACGCGGCCGUGGGCUACUUCUUCCAGAGGCAGCACGGCGAGCAGCUGAGGGGAGCGACGAACUACGCGGGGAAGCACCGAUGGCCCACAGGCGACGGGGCUGAGCAGGUGAUGGACGGGUGCGCUUUUCCAGUGUCGUGCUUGCCAGUGGUCCGCUCUGUGGAUGAGCUGAACCAGGACUUUCAAGCGCUGGCACUGGAAAGGAGGAGCUUGGGAGAUCAGCUGCUUCCCAGCAAAAAGUUUUGGGAGACAGAUGAGACUGGCAAAGAUGGCCCGAAGGGAAUUUUCCUGGAAGACCAGUGGAGGGAGAAUGCCUGGGGAGCCUCUGAUCACUCGGUGUCCCAGCCCAUCAUGGUGCAGCGUCGCCCAGGCCAGCCGGGCUUCCAGGCCGGCGGUGUUGGCGGCGGCGGCAGCGAGGUGGGCUCGGUGCUGUCGCCGCGCUCGGAGACCGGUGGCCUCGGUGUCAGCAUGGUGGAGUACGUGCUCAGCUCGUCACCUGGAGACAAGCUCGACACGCGUCUCCGCAAGUCCACAUACGGCACCGUCGAGUGUGACAUGUCGGACGGAGACAAGGCGGACAAGAAGGGCGUGAAGGUGGCGGGGUUUGAGGACGACAAGGGCAGUGGCAUGAAGGUGGAGGGCGAUGGAGACGUGGCGGGGAAGGCCAACGGGCUGGGCCUGCAGAACGGCGUCGAUUCGGACGGCAAGGACUUCAGCCGGGCCCCUGGCAGCUGUCACUCGUCACCGGCCGAGGCUGUCGAGCGCCUGGGUGUCUCUGGAAACCCCGGGGCGGACCCGAUGGCGGCCGGAGUGGGGGUGCCCGUGGGCGUGGGGGGUGGGCCUGGCAUGCAGGUGGGUGUGAACAAGCCUGGAGAGGACUACGGCGGCGGAGGGGGAGGUGGCGGCGUUGGCCCCGGUGGAAUGGACGGGCAGUCGUUGCCCAUGGAUCCGUCGGGCAUGAUGGAGCCCAUGGGCAUGGAGCCCCUGCAGUUUGACUACACGGGUGGCCAGGUCACCAUGGAGUCCGGCGGAGGCAACCCCAUGGGGCUGUUUGACUACGGGGCACAGCAGCAGCAACAGCAGCAGCAGCUUUUUCAAAGGUCCAGUGCUCUGGCGAUGCAGCAGCAGAUGUCCAGUGCACAGCAGCAGCAACAACAGCAGCAGCAACAGUAUACCUUGGCCACUGCACAACAACCACCGCUGGGCAUGUUUUCAACUGGCCUCGCCCCCGCCUUCAUCCCCAACCCGUACAUCAUCGGUGCAGCUGGUCCACCUGGCUCUGACCCUUACUCAUCGGGCUUGGCUGCUGCCACCCUCACAGGUCCCACUGUGGUUCCCCCACAGUACUACGGCAUGCCCUGGGGGGUCUACCCCGCCAACCUCCUGCAGCCACAGGCGGCCGCUGCCAUGGCCGCCUCCAACAGCGGCAACCAGCAGGGCAACCCGGGUCAGCCCAGCCAGCAGAUGCUGAGGGCUGGGAGUGGCCAGCGACCUAUGACCCCUAACCAGAGUCCUCAAGGCCAGCAAGGGGACGCCAUGGGUGCAGUGACAGCUGGACAAGCUCUCGCCUUCGGACCGGGCCUCACCACAGGCGUACAAGGCUACCAGGUGCUGACGCCGGCGUACUACGACGCGUCGGGCGCGCUCGUCAUGAACCCCGGCGCGGGCCGCUCCAGCCUGGGCGGCCCCGUGCGCCUCAUGGGACCCACGCCCGUGCUCAUCAACCCCUCGGCGGCCGCGGCCGCUGCUGCCGCGGCAGCUCAAGCCGGCGGUGGCGCUGGUGGAGCCAGCGGUCUGGCCGGCACCAUCAACGGGCUGUUCCGAGGCGUGGGCCUGUCCAACCAGCAUCACCAGCACCACCAGCAACAGCAGCAAUCCCAGCAGCAGCACCACCACCAGCAACAGCAGCAGCACCAGCAGCAACAGCAGCACCAGCAGCAACAGCAGCAGCAACAACAACAACAGCAGCAGCACCACCAGCAGCAGCAGCACCAGAUGAGCAACGCGGCCGCCGCCGCAGCGGCCGCUGCCGCCCAGGGCCACCCGUCGGCGUUCUACGGCAACCACGGCGGCGGGAUGGGAGGGCCGCUGUCCAGCCCGUCUCAGGGAGGUGCCGGCAUGUCGGGCGGCGGGGGCGGCGGCGGCGGCGGCGGCGGGGGCGGAGGAUCGCUGUUCUCGCCCGGCCCGUCGCCCGGCGCCCACCAGCUCGGCAACGCGGGUUCACCGCUCGGGGGAGGGUUCGGCAACCACAGCGGCCCGACACAGGCGUCGCUGGGCGCCAGCAUCGGCUCCGGACUGGGCUUUGGCAACACCGGCACGUCCGCCGCAAGCGGAGGGCCGCUGGGGUUACGACGUGACUCGCUGGGCGCAGCCCUAGACUAUAAGCGACCCAGCAGCAGCCUGGCACCUAUCGGGCAGCCCUUCUACAACGGCCUGGGAUUCUCCACCUCGCCCGGACCACUCGGCAUGCUGGGAGCCAGCCACGGACCACCCCACUCGCUCACUCCGCCGCCCUCGCUGUCCAUCCCCUCGCAUGGAUCAGCGUCCAACCUCAAUCUUGGCUGGUCGCCAGCCUUAGGGGGUCUGACGAGUGGGAGCGGGCGCUUCGUGUCGGCGGCGCCAGGUGCCGAGGCCAAGUUCCGCAGCUCGGCCGGCAUGGGCGUCGGCGUGGGCUCCGCCUCGGCGCUCUUCGGUAACUCGGGCAGCCAGCUCUUCCCGACCCAAGCAGCGGCCGCCGCGGCCGCCGCCGCCGCCGCGGCCGCCGCGGCCGUCAGCGGGGGGAGCGGCAGCGCGGCGGGUGGGAUGUGCGGCGUGGGCGGCGGAGCUCCGGCGAUGCGGUUCCGUUACUGCGGCGGCGGCGGGGCCGGAGGUGGCCCUGGCGGUGGCGGCGGCGGCGGCGUCGGCGUCGGGGGAGGCGUCUGCGGCGGCGGUGGCGUCGGCGUCGGCGGCGUUGGAGGGGGACCCGGCGGGAAGAUGGACGGACUGAACCCUGGUCGCAGUCGCCUGCUGGAAGACUUCCGCAACAACCGCUUCCCCAACCUGCAGCUGCGAGACCUCACGGGGCACAUUGUGGAGUUUGCUCAAGACCAGCACGGCUCCAGGUUCAUCCAACAAAAGUUGGAGCGCGCGGGGCAGGCGGAGCGACAGCUGGUCUUCAAUGAGAUCCUGCAGGCCUCCUACCAGCUGAUGACCGACGUCUUUGGCAACUACGUCAUUCAGAAGUUCUUCGAGUUUGGCAGUCUGGAGCAGAAGCUGGCGUUGGCACAGCGCAUCCGUGGCCACGUGCUGCCCCUAGCGCUGCAGAUGUACGGGUGCCGAGUGAUCCAGCGUGCCCUCGAGUCUCUCCCGCAGGAACAGCAGGCGGUGCAGACAGAGAUGGUGGCCGAGCUUGACGGACACGUGCUCAAGUGCGUCAAGGAUCAGAACGGAAACCACGUCGUUCAGAAGUGCAUCGAGUGCGUGCAGCCGGUGGUGUUGCAGUUCGUCAUCGACGCCUUCCACGGACAGGUGUUUGCGCUGUCGACGCACCCGUACGGAUGCCGCGUGAUACAGAGGAUCCUGGAGCACUGCACCCCGGAGCAAACUCUCCCCAUCCUGGAGGAGCUGCAUCAGCACACGGAGGCUCUCGUGCAGGAUCAGUACGGCAACUACGUGAUCCAACACGUCCUGGAGCACGGGCGGCCCGAGGAUAAAAGCAAGAUCGUGGCGGAGCUCCGGGGGAAGGUGCUCGCGUUGAGCCAGCACAAGUUCGCCAGCAACGUGGUGGAGAAGUGCGUGUCGCACUCGUCGCGUGCCGAGCGAGCCAUGCUGAUCGAGGAGGUGUGCGCGAGCGGCGAGGGCUCGCACGGACCGCUCUACGCCAUGAUGAAGGAUCAGUACGCCAACUAUGUUGUGCAGAAGAUGAUCGACGUUGCCGAGCCUCCGCAGCGCAAGAUCCUCAUGCACAAGAUCCGGCCCCACGUGGCGACCCUGCGCAAGUACACGUACGGAAAGCACAUCCUGGCCAAGCUGGAGAAGUACUUCCUGAAGAACAGCGCCGAUCUAGGGCCCCUCGGCGUGCCCACGGCCAACGGCAUGAUCUGAAACAGCGGCCGCCACCCACCCGUCGUCCCCAGCACCCACCCGCCAUUGCCCACUCUCACGGGGCUUUAUUCCCAGGCCGAGCAGGUGAAAGGGCAGCCUUUCUUUUGCUCCGUCCUGCCUUCACCGUCGACCUGUGAGAGAGCUCAUUAGAAAGGACCCCACUCCCCCCCUAAACGUCCCAGUGUAAAAUUAACCAGUGUGUUACUUCCCGAGGUAAUGAUUUUCCUUUCUGUACAUUAUUAUUUUUUAAUAUAAAUAACCAUCACCAAGACAAAACCUCUCUUGGUUCUCUUACUCCUGCCCACUCGCCACGCGAUUCCUCCCAAGCGGCUGCGGCGGAGUUUGGUUUUUUAAAAUCUCUCGCGCGAGCGUUUCGUCGGCACCAGCGCCGCGCGUGUUUCCUUUCUUUCACACGCCGGCGGUCCUCGCCGCUUGACCAAUCGGCGCCUCCGUGUAGAAGCCAUUUGUAAAAUAGGUUUGUACAUUACAUUGGCCCCCGCAUUGGGCACUGAAGGAGACGUUUAAAUCUUUAACCCACUCAGAGUUUGCCCACACAAACGGCCGCUUGCGAGGGCGAUGCUCGGCGCGCCACUCACAGCCUUUAAAUUGAGUAGCGUUUAAUUUUACCCCGCGUUAACCUGUAACUAGAUUGUCCAUUUUUUCAUAAGUUUGUAAAGAAAUUUUGAGAUUUGCAGUACAAGUUUUUAGUCGUAGAUUUGCGUAUAUUUGAGGUUAAAAAAAUUUGUACAAAAGCAUCGGUUUGUGGUUUAUUGUAGUGUCCAUAGUGAGAAAAAAAAACACAACAUAUUACAUAGUUUGUGAAUUGCUGUACAUAACAAAAAGGCCAGGAGAAGAGUGGGUGUUAAGUGGUUCCUUACAUGUGCUAAUGUCCAGGGAAGCUGACUCGUGUUAAAUGUCUUUGUAAAACUUGUCAGAUGUUUGGACUCGAUUUUUCAACAACAGAUAAUGCAUAUUCACGCGGUCUUCAACGAGUGGUCUCUCGGCUUCUCCCCCCCCCCCCUUCCGUUGGUUCCCGGACCACCUUGUGCGAGUUUCACCCGAGCGUCGUCUUGUAGUUGCGGCCCCCCCCACCCCCACUGCGUCUGCCAACUCGUGUCAGGCCACAACCGCGCGUGGCCGCUGAGGCCACACCGAUUUCGCUCGACAGCGUGGCCAUUCGGACUUCGUUCGGAGGGCGUCGAUUGAGUCGUUUGCAUUUUUCGAAGACUUUUACCACCUAUCGCUGUACACGUGUAAAGGUUCGUGUGGUGUGUGUGUGUACAUGUGCGCUUGCCAAGCAUACAUAUAUAUUUAUACGUAUACAUAUGUAUUUUUUGGGGAGGGGGGCACGCGUUCGCCACCGACCUUUACGGGGUUACUUUGACCACCACAAGCCUUCCGUGCUUGCCUUCUUGAAAACAUGGGAGAAGAAAGAAAGUUUGAAAACGAGAC